AUGUACUCAGCUCAGUAUGGCUUUAACGGCGCCCCACCGCAGGGCGCGCAAUUGCAGCCUUCACCAAACCAGGGACAGCAGCAACAACAACAACAGCAGCAGCAACAGCAGAUGAUGUAUAACGCGCAACAGCAGCAGCAGCAACAACAGCAACAACAAUUCCCCAUACAACAAGGUCAGGGCGGCCCGUUUCCUGGAGGUCACAAUAACCCGGCCAUGAUGGGAGGUGCUGGUCCUGCAGGAAUGAUGCAGAAUGCCGCCAUGCCGCACAUUGGUGCCAAUGGUCAGAGUAAGCCCCCCUUUUAUGCCUUUCCUACGUAUGACGUCCAGCCACCCGUCAGUCUGGCAAACUUUCCUUCUCUGCCCGUUUCCUUGUCGUCCUUGUCCUACCCGACAGAGACCUUCGCGCGUGGUGACCUAAGAGCCAUGGCUCGGCAGUUGCCGCAACGCCUCUCGACAUCCGAAGCCCAUUCCGUGUCACUCCCACACUCAUACACUGCCAACCUACCAUUCACUCUUCAUGUCACCACGGAGACUGACGCCAGUAACGCGACAGUGGCUUACCAGGCCCCCUUUACGUCCUCGCCGUACGGGGCUGGAAUACCUUCUUCAGCGGCCCCUCAGCCGCAGCUUCCAGCCAACUUUAUGAUGGGCGGGCCGAUGAACCAGUAUCAGCUGAAUGCUGGUCUUCAGCAACAGCAACAGCAACAGCAACAACAGCAACCUAUGAUGCAGCGUAUGCAUCCAAACCGCCCGAAUGCAGGCGGGAUGCCCACCUCAACUCCUCAGCGUCCUUUCAACCCGUCGCAAAACACACCGGCUACUUCAAUGGCUUCCCAGCCAACUCAAUAUGGUACUCCUCAGCAGAUACAGAGCAACUCACGGAGUCAGACGCCCACGAAUCCACCACAGGGACAGCAGGGACAACCGCCAUCUCAACAAUCGAGUCAGCCAUCCCAGCCUCUCCCACCACAGCAACAACAACAACAAGUCCAAACCCAAGUCCAGCCUCAGGCUCAAGUUCAAUCUCAAACUCCACAGCCACCAUCCCAGCAGUUACAACAGCCCCAGCAGCCGCCAACACCACAGCAACAACAGCAGCAGCAACAGCAGCCGUCCCAAGCACAGCAGCAGCAGCAGCCACCCCAAGGUCAACCGCAGCAGCAGCAGUCUGGCUCAGCAGCCAUGACGCCUCAAACGCCAACCUUUCCCGCUAAUGGACAGGGUCAACAAGUAAAUGGUACUUCGAGGUUGUCAACGCCUCAAAGUCCCGGUGGAGACCCGCAGGACAAAGAGCGGGUCAAGAUUCUUUUCGACAUCAAUACGGAACUGCUCUACGAAUCCAUGCAGCUGUCCAACGCCCAGCUCGAAUUGAAGAAGGAAGCACAAUCGGCUCCGGAAGCUGGAGUAGAUUAUGCUGAGCAGGAACGGUUGGUGAAGGAAGACUACAACCACUGCAUGAAGAGGCUUCAAGUAAACUUCCAGUAUCAAUCAUCCAUCCAAAGAAACCCAGCUACUGCCGUUUUCCCGGCUCCUUUCUUGACAGCCCCACCACUUAGUACGACCCUGAAGCUUAAAUUACCCCCGGCUUCUCCAGACGAUGUACUAGAACGACCGCUGGAUCCAAGCGCCGAUCGCCUUCAGAGAAUUGAGGGACUCAAGCAACUCUAUGCUAAGCUUCAGGCACUCUUUCCUGGUGUCGACCCUAAAAGAGAGCAACCAGGUUCUCAAGCGUCACCAGCUAUGAGGCCGGGUUUCAAUCCUGCUGCUCCUGGCGCGAUCCCCAACGGGCAACUUAAUGCGUAUGCUCGAGCGCAAGCACAGGCUCAAGCCCAAACACAAGCUCAUGGCCCAGGCCAAGCUACAGGAUUUGGCUCGAACCACAGCAGCCCUGCUCCAGGUCCAACGGCUUACAGGACACCUCAGAUGGCCAACAGCCCAGGCCCUCUUUUGCAAACCCAGCCUGCUGGCCAGUGA